GCAAACAAGUAUAUGUACCUACCUAUCCUUUGAGUAUCUAGUGCACGCCCCGAAUGCCGACUGAUGCUUGCUGCUCGUGAGCACGCCCCCGAAAUUUGUGUAUUGCUGCCAUGAUAUAUUCCUGAUCAACAUACAUAACCUUUGUAAAGUAGGUGUACAACUGUAAGGGGACCGUUCAGCAUAGACGGGUUAGGUCUCCUUGGUCACUCGGGCGGACAUCGGGGAGACAAGGUGCAACAUGGCCGAGAUCUCGACCAUCCUAGCGAAGCCACUUCCAGCCAAAUGACUUCCAACAGCUUCCCCGCGCUCCAUUUCGAGCUAUGGGAAUCAGUCUCAUCACACUUGUCCAACCCGGACAUCAAGUCUCUACGCCUCGCAUGUACACAGUUCAGCAAUGCAUUCAGCGGGUCUUUUUGUCCGCCAACCCACUGAACAUUGAAGUCUUUUGCGGUAUUGCAGGCCACAACAAGUUUCGCCACAGGGUGACUGAGAUCAUCUGGGGCGAGGCGCGCUUGGUUAGGGGCCCACCACGAAUCGAUCAACCCGAUGAGGGAAAUGGAUUACUCUCGGAUGAGGAAGAUCCUGAAAAUACUAGAGAGUGGGCUAGAAACCUCGGCUCUAUGUGGCAGGAGGAGGUUUUUGAGCGCCAUGAAUUCGGAUGACGGGUGUCCUAAGUGGUUUAAACGCGAAUGCGAAGACAAUCUUGACGACCUGAGACAA